CCUCAAACCCUCCACUGGUACUCUCCCCUACCGCUCGUAACUUCCGUUUCACCGCUUUCUACUCAUGGGGGCAGCUCUUCUGCCAGAUCUCGGCACCGAGAUCCUGAUCCCGGCCUGCGCCGUCGUUGGGAUCGCUUUUGCGCUGCUACAGUGGGCGCUCGUUUCUCAAGUGAAGUUGUCGCCGGGGAGGGACUCGGCCAACAAUAACAGCGGCAGCGGUAAUGGGAAGAACGGGUACAGUGAUUACCUCAUUGAGGAAGAGGAAGGUCUCAAUGACCAUAACGUUGUUCUUAAAUGCGCUGAAAUUCAAAGCGCCAUCUCUGAAGGGGCAACCUCUUUUCUUUUCACUGAGUAUCAGUAUGUUGGUAUCUUCAUGUUUGUUUUUGCCAUCCUGAUUUUCGUUUUCCUUGGCUCUGUUGAGGGAUUCAGCACAGAGAGCCAGCCUUGUACUUAUGACCAAUCCAAGACAUGCAAACCGGCUCUGGCGACUGCUGCCUUUAGCACCAUAUCUUUCUUGCUUGGUGGUAUCACGUCAGUUGGUUCUGGCUUCCUUGGUAUGAAAAUUGCUACCUAUGCAAAUGCCAGGACUACUCUGGAGGCUAGAAAGGGAGUUGGAAAAGCCUUUAUCACUGCAUUUAGAUCUGGUGCUGUCAUGGGUUUUCUUCUUGCUGCUAAUGGCCUUCUUGUGCUUUACAUUACUAUCAACCUAUUCAGGCUGUACUAUGGUGAUGACUGGGGUGGUCUUUUUGAGGCCAUCACUGGUUACGGGCUCGGGGGAUCAUCCAUGGCUUUGUUUGGCAGAGUUGGUGGAGGAAUCUACACCAAAGCUGCUGAUGUGGGUGCUGAUCUAGUAGGCAAGGUUGAAAGGAACAUCCCUGAGGAUGACCCCAGAAAUCCAGCUGUUAUUGCUGAUAAUGUUGGUGAUAAUGUUGGGGAUAUAGCCGGAAUGGGAUCUGAUCUUUUUGGCUCAUAUGCUGAAUCAUCCUGUGCUGCCCUUGUUGUAGCUUCCAUCUCUUCAUUUGGAAUCAAUCAUGAGCUGACAGCAAUGUUAUACCCUCUCAUCAUUAGUGCUGUGGGAAUCCUUGUUUGUUUGAUCACUACUUUAUUUGCCACUGAUUUCUUUGAGAUCAAGGCUGUGAAGGAGAUUGAACCAUCAUUGAAGAGGCAACUUAUCAUCUCAACUUUUCUCAUGACUGUUGGGAUUGCAAUUGUUAGUUGGGUAGCUCUUCCAUCUUCCUUCACCAUCUUCAAUUUUGGAGAACAAAAAGUUGUGAAGAACUGGGAGCUAUUCCUAUGUGUAGCUGUCGGUCUUUGGGCUGGUCUUAUUAUUGGAUUCAUAACUGAGUACUAUACUAGCAAUGCUUACAGCCCUGUCCAAGAUGUUGCUGACUCCUGCCGAACUGGAGCUGCAACUAAUGUUAUUUUUGGCCUAGCAUUGGGCUACAAGUCUGUCAUUAUUCCUAUUUUUGCCAUUGCAAUCAGCAUCUUCGUUAGUUUCACUUUUGCUGCUAUGUAUGGUAUUGCGGUAGCUGCACUUGGAAUGCUCAGUACCAUAGCCACUGGGCUGGCCAUUGAUGCUUAUGGUCCCAUCAGUGACAAUGCUGGAGGCAUUGCUGAGAUGGCAGGCAUGAGUCACAGAAUCCGAGAGAGGACUGAUGCCCUUGAUGCUGCUGGAAACACCACAGCUGCCAUAGGAAAGGGCUUUGCCAUUGGUUCAGCAGCUCUUGUAUCACUUGCCCUGUUUGGUGCAUUUGUGAGCCGUGCAGCUAUUUCAACUGUUGAUGUCCUGACCCCCAAAGUUUUUAUUGGUUUGAUUGUUGGUGCAAUGCUUCCUUACUGGUUCUCUGCAAUGACAAUGAAGAGUGUGGGAAGUGCCGCUCUAAAGAUGGUUGAGGAAGUCCGCCGGCAAUUUAACACCAUCUCUGGUCUCAUGGAGGGCAAUGCUAAACCGGACUAUGCUACCUGUGUUAAGAUCUCUACCGAUGCUUCCAUCAAAGAGAUGAUGCCACCUGGUGCCCUUGUCAUGUUAACACCCCUCAUUGUUGGGAUAUUAUUUGGUGUGGAAACUCUCUCCGGGGUCCUUGCUGGUUCCCUCGUCUCUGGUGUACAGAUUGCUAUCUCUGCUUCCAACACUGGUGGUGCUUGGGAUAAUGCCAAGAAAUACAUUGAGGCCGGCGCUUCAGAGCAUGCAAGAACUCUUGGUCCGAAAGGAUCAGAUCCACACAAGGCAGCUGUAAUUGGCGACACCAUAGGUGAUCCGCUGAAGGACACAUCUGGGCCAUCACUCAACAUCCUCAUCAAACUAAUGGCUGUCGAGUCACUUGUCUUUGCACCUUUUUUCGCCACACACGGCGGCCUGCUUUUCAAGAUAUUUUAGAGCAAGAAAAAUAUCAUGAAUGGUUUACCAAUCCCUUUCUCUGCCGGUUCCUCUUCUCCUCUAGUUUCUCUUUUCCAAAUAUUUUGAGUUUGAAGGACAUGUAGACCCUUGAAUUUUUAUCGUGUAAGGUCAGACAGUAAGUGAAAAUUUUUCCCUCUAAUCGUGGAGGGUUGAUGAUGAUGGCGAAGUUGUUGAGAUCAGAUCUACUUAUGACUCCAAACUAUAUCUGCACUCAUUUGCUUAUGCUAUAUUAAUAAUUUGUUUAUUAUUUU